AUGCACGCGAGGACGGUGGUGUUGUUGGUGUGCUUGUCCGUGGCUCGAGGGAGCUUCUUCACCUUCAAGAACAUCAGAUCGUACGCGAGGUACUUCCACGUGGACGGUCUGAUAGCGAACGAGACUGGCAACGAGCUCUGGAGCGGACUGUUCAGGGACUGCGACAGGUCCGUGACGUUCUCCUGUAUACAGAAGAACGCGUACUCGUACCUGGACAACGUGUUCGAGGAACGGGACAACGUCACGGUUUUUGACGGCCUGACCCUGACGAAGAACAACCUGGACUACGGUACGUGCCGCAGAAAGGACCCGGACCCGUUGGACGAGAACCUCGUGGAAGACUCCAGCCGGGACGACUGUCGCGAAGAGGAAAGUGAAGAGGAGGGGGCAGAGGAGGAGGGCAGAGAGUUCGAGGAAGAGCAGUCACCUUUGGAGGAAGUGACCAGCGCUCUGCGGAGGAGGGCGUUGAAAUUCCUCGCGACCAGGGACUACGAGAUCCAGUUGCCCGAAUUCUACUUCAAUGGCGCCGCGGUGAAGAUCAGCCCGCGCGAGAUCGACGAAAACGGCGCCCUGAUCAGGGUGGAUUUCGGCCAGCGGGGCUUGCAGACCGAGGGGAGGAUCUUCAAGAAACUAAGGAAGUUCAUACAGAACAAGCUGCUCACGAGCUUCCUGGCGCUGCUGCUCAUCAUCAAGCUGAUCAAGCUGAAGUUCAUGUUCGUGAUCCCGUUUCUGUUCGGCGUCGGGACCGCCAAGAAGCUGUUCCUCAAGCUGCUGCUGUUCUUCAUACCCGCGUUCGCGCACGUGUUCAAGCUCUGCUCGAGCUAUUACACCGCGCAUUCCACCAAGUACCAUCACCAUCACCAUCAGAUAGCCCAUCACCACCAUCACGUUCCGGUUCCAGUCCCGGUGCCCACCUACUACAACAACCACCAUCACCAUCACGAAGAUGAGCUGGACACUUACGACUACGCGCAUCCUCAUAUUCAAUACCGAAAGGACAUGGAAGAGUUGAAAGAGUGGGGAAUCGAGCCAUACGAGGAUCCAGAAUACCAAAACGAGCCAAUGGCCGCUGGUACGGCUCCCAUACGUACUCCAGGAGUACUUCCAGCGCCAUUUCCGUCGCCCAACUACCCCGGAGCGUACGGUGUACCCCAAUACGCGCCAAACGCCCAACCGAUACCACCCUCGUUUCAAGAAAAGCGUCCGAUCUCGGCACACAAUCUGGCCUACUCGGCGUACGUCGACAACAAUCGACGACAGGUGCAACAACCGACCCCGGUUAUCAAUCCUAUCGUUAAACCUGUUAUCAACGUUCCUCAGAACCCUGGAAAUCUAGUGGUAGCGACGCUGCCAGUCGCGGCGAACGUUAAAAAUUCCUACACCGUCCACGGGCAGCAGAAUCUUCGGCAGAUUUCCGCGAAGACCUCGCAAACGGAGACGAAGAAGCCCGUCGCGACGCUACGACAGGGUCAAGACGACGAGUAUUACGGUCCGAUAGUCGGCCGGUUGGAGGACAUCUUCAAGCAGCUGAGAUUCUUCGAGGAAUUGUGCAAAGAGAGGCUGGUCUGCAGUAUGUACAAGAACCCAACCGUCUACUCGCCGCACAGUAACCUCGUGUCGAACGAACUCUCCAGGGACCCGCAGGAGCUGAAACGAACAGGAACCGAGAGCCCGUCCAGCCAGAAGUUUCACAGAUACCUCAGCGCGGCAAGAUUGGGUCAAGAUGGUGGCGAUUGCCUGCGAAUGUACCCGUGUCACAUAAACACCGAGUAA